AUGCAAUCGAUGAUAUUUGCUGCUACACCUUCAUCUCUCUCGCCUCAUUCUCCAAUUUCUCCAUUAUCACCGUCGUCCUCUUGCGAUAACACCUUCGAAAAUGCUUUUCAGCUUUCUCAGCAUCUUGACAAUACUUCAACGACAAUUCCAUUCCCUAUGGUUAAUGCCAACAAUGACCCAAAUAUGCUAGUAAAUCUUUCACUUUCAAAUCCAAUUAAUAAUCUAAAUACCCUUUACCAGCCAGUUCAAUUACAUCAGAAUAUGAAUGCUGCGAAUCAAUUCAAUAUAGUUAAUUCUCCUCAUCAAGGGAACACUGGUGGUGGAAUGCUAUUGCAUAAUUCUAUUAAUUCCAAUACGAUGCUUCGACCAAACUUCUUCAAUGGACCCGCCAAUCCUCCUGUUUCCAUGUUCCCGGAUAGUACUAUUAAUGGAUAUUCUGUUCCAAGGAUAAGUAGGUUGAUUCCGCCAAAUGGUCCAACGCGUGGUGGCAUCGAGGUCACUAUAUUAGGAACUAAUUUUUUUGAUGGAUUGACUUGUAUGUUUGGAGAAAGUCCUGCAAUCCCUACUCAAUAUUGGGGGGAUUCGACACUUGUUUGCAUCCUUCCUCCGGCAAUCAACCCUGGACCAGUCAUCAUGAGUUUCAAAGAAUUCCCAAUAAACUUGUUUGACUCGGAAAAUGAUUUUGUUUUUUUCACUUACAAUGAUGAUUCGGAUCGUGCUCUGAUGGAAUUAGCACUUCGAUAUGUCGGACUGAAAAUGACAGGAAAAUUUGAAGAUGCUCGAAACAUUGCAAUGCGUAUUGUCGGAAGUGAAAAUGAUGAUGGCCAAUCUGGGCAAUCUUCGGGUAAUGGCAAUAUGAAUGGAAUGGCUAACAAUAGUACUCUUUCUUCUGCUCUACAAGAAGCCUCAAUGUCCAACAAUCUCGAGGAUCAUAUAAUCAAAACUUUAAGUAUAGUCGAUGCCUAUGAAACAGAACAUCCUAACAAUAUAUCAGUGCAGAAUGCCACAAAGCAUACAAUGUUGCAUCUUGCUGUACUGCUCAAUUUUGAACAACUCACCACAAAUUUAAUAGAGAGGGGGAUUGAUAUUAAUGCUGUCGAUCAUUACGGAUUCACUGCUCUUCAUUAUGCCGCAUGGACUGGUAAAACCGAAAUAGUUCGAAUGUUAUUGGCAGCAGGUUCUGGUGAUGUUAUUAGAAACCGUUGGGAUCAAUAUGCUAUUGAUUUGGCACGUAUGGACCAUCACGAAGAUAUAGUGAACUUGAUUGAUCAUUAUCAACAUGAUUCUGGUGUAUCUUUAUCACCGUCUUCUUCUGACGAGACAUCCACACUGGAUUACGACGAGGAUUGGGAUGAUAGUAGUGAUUUAGAACUAGAAGAACAAAAAACAAUAAAUGCUGAAAAUUUUCCAGAUAACAGAACGCAGAAUUUUUCAGAAAACAUUUCGCCUAAAGUAGAGUUGAAGAAUGAUCACAAUGAAACCGGGACACAAUUAGAAGAAACCGAAACACCUAAUAUUGAAUGGAUAGAUUCCGAAACUGCCGCCAAAUUAAUGCUGCAAGAUCAGACUCUCGUUAAUGAUGAAAUUCCCAUUGCUGAACCUGUAGAAGAUGAUAAAAAACCAAAGCAGCCUCUUACUGAUCUCGCAAAUGACCUCGCAAAUGUUUCCUCUAUUUGGCUCCAAAAGACUUUUGCUCAUUUACACAUGCCAACGCUCAGUAAACCUUCCCCGAUAAACAUCCAGUUACCAAAUAUCAAGAUGCCUCAUCUACAAAUGCCAAAUAUUAAUAUGCCACAAAAAUUUUCAACCAUGGCUUUUACUCCAAAUUUAUCAUCACUUCCACGACCUUCAAUGCCAUCUAUGCCUUCUUUGCAUUCUUUGCACAUGAUGAAUCUUGAAUUCCCUACUUUACCCACAGUUACAUUCCCUGCUAUAAUACCUUCAGGAUUCCCAGGUUUCGUGAGGGAUAAUCAUUCAGCUGCUGUGAAUGGAGAAGGAAGUAACAUAGCAGCAAAUUCUGGAGGAUUCGAAAACUUGAAAUUUGGAAGUAACUUUCAUUGGGAGCAUUACAAGAGAAUGUUGUGGCAAGGAACGCCUCAAAAUAAUGAACAAAAAGCUAAGGACAGUAAUACACCUGCUGGUCAAGAUGGUGUCGGAUUUUUGCGCUUCGGUGGAUACACUUGGCCAUUGCCAUCUGAGGAACGAGGUUCCUCUAUUUCAUUAAGACAUGCUAGUCGAAGAGUAGGCUUUGAUGUCGAUUCGAUGGAUGAUGAACAAUCUCUUGCAUACGAAAGACAUGAACAAAAAAUCAGGAGGCUAAAACAAGAUCGUAUGUUAUAUCUAUUCUGGGUACCUGCAUUACUAUUGAUGCUCGCGCUAGCCUACGUUCGUUAUGGAAUACCGAUUGGAAUAUGA